AUGACUGUGCUUGCACCCAUUCCGUGGAUUGACAUUCAAGGAAAUAACGCUGCAGUUUCUGUGAAGGACGCCUUACCCAUGGAGAUACAUCUUGUCGCGAUGCGACCAGUUGAGUACUCGAUGCAUGUGCGUGACUUCAAUUCUGAUCGUAUUGCAUCUUCGCAGACUCAGUGCCCCCAAAAUGCUGAGUCAGAGGGGAGUACAUCGAACGAAGUUUUGGUUGGCACUGAGCUCGCACCGCCCGCCGAUACGCGUUUCAUUUUAAUCACCCCACCGCCAAUGCCUAUAUCCAUUAUGCCUGAAAGCUCGAAUGCAUCAUCCUUCAAGGAUCCGCAUAGCCCGACUACUGUUCUCGCCAUUCCUGCACAUAGUCCCACACUCGCCGCUGCACCAAUUGUUCCCGCCAUCACUCCUGCUGCGAGCCCGACCAUUGCUGCGCUGAACUCAACACAAUUGGCUGUGGUCAUAGACCGACACACUGCCCUACCAUUACCAAGCAAUGUAAAGAAGAACGUUUCAUUGUCGCCCCCAUCUACCAUUAGCUCACUGCCGUAUUCUCUGACUGGACAUGCCACACUCGACCUAGCCAUUAAGGAAUUGUUGGCGAUGCCUGACCAGGUGCUCAACCAACCAGCACGCCGACUUUCUCGAUCGCCCGAUAUGACCGCACCCAUUCCGCUCCUGCCCAUUUUACCAGUAAAGGAUCUCCUUUACCCUCCUUCCCCAUCCUCUGACACUACAUCGCCAGCUGCUAUGAUUGAACACCAGGAAUGGGUGGAGGACGUGGAGAUGACUGACUCAGAUGCACAGGAGUCUAUUUUGAAAGCAGAAUGGAUCGCCGCCAUCGCGCCGGAGAAUAAGUCAUACGUCCUCGCUCCCUACCUUGGUGUGCACCGUGACAUGAUCCUGCUCAAGAACGAACUGUAUGUGCACGCUAAGCUGUACGCUCCACCGUUUUCAUUUGAUCAAACCAAUGACUUUCAUGAUAGUAAAGAGAUGAAGGACCCCUUCACUAUGCGUAUUGCUGCCAUGGUUUGCCAGCAUCGCGACUACUCUGCGCUCUGGUACUCUCACCUAGGAAAUCUGUUUCUUUGGCCUGAAGAACGUCUUGCACUUGCUGAAGCUCGAGCACUCUUCGAGCUCUACCCUACAACAGAUGCUCAACGUCAGGACCUCAAUGAUACAUAUGCGCACAAUAUUCACCGCUGUCAUCGCCAAGGACUCUUUGAAAAGCCUGGCGAGCUGCCUCCUCCAGUGCCAUCCUUGGCUUCUGGAAGUUGCGCUUGA